CUUUCCGGGAUCUUUUACGGAAGAGUAAUGGACGAUUUCCAAUUUCAGUUUUCGUGCAAACUUUUUUAAUGGAAAAAUGCAAAAAUUAUCAAAACGUCUACACUCGUCAAUAGUAUAUCGUUUUUUUGCUCUCUCUCUCUCUCUCGGUGGAAGUUUUGGUUUUUCCUCUUCCAUUUUUUUUUUCUCAUUCGCAGCCCAUCCGUUCUGUUCUUCAGGUUUGCCUCCAUACGUCGUCGCUUGCCUUUAAUUCCGCCGGUGACCGGUGAAUAUAUGUGCGGGUUAUUCAGCCAUUGUCAUUGUUUCAAAUUUAUCAUCAAGAAGGAUAGGUGUAAAAAGGCGAGGCAGCCAGUAUAACAUAGUGGCCUCCAGGAGUGCAGGUGACCAGUAAAGUGUAUUAGCUAGCUGUCACUGGAGAGUGUUAGCUUGCCAGAGGAAGUACUAUGAUUGCUGCUUUUCAGCUCCAUUAAACUGUACGAUAUUCUUCUUAGUUGGCUCAGAGCACGGGCCAACGGCAGCUAGUAUAUAUAACUCAGUGUGUUUUUAUUUUCAAUUGACUAUCAACCUGCUGCCUCUCCCAAGACCUGAAAAGCCACAGUCAAACAGCACAAAAACAAUAAAGAAGGUGAUGGCGAUGAUCGUCGGGAGAAGCAGAAACUCUGUAUGUCUCUUGCACGAAGUCCUCUCUUCCAGCCACUCACUUCCCUGCUCAUACAUCCAGAGACAGACCUAUGUAGAUGUGUACAUGAAAUGGAAGAAAGACUCUUUUUUUGACUCCAUUGAUACCAUUCACAGAUCAGUUCAGCUCAAGCCUUUAAUUGCUCUCAAGAACUGCAUAGUCUCCUCUUCACCUGAUGAUUAUUGCGUCCCCAUUUCUGCUAUUUCAAAGAAAGGCUUAGAGUUAGGAAUACCCAUUAAGGUUGCCAGGUUCUUGAGGUUGUACCCAUCUGUUUUUGAGGAAUUUACUGGCCCUAAUUACAAUUUGCCUUGGUUUAGGCUGACCCAGAGGGCUGUUGAGCUUGAUAGAGAGGAGAGAGAGGUGUAUGUAAAAUUUAAAGAUGAUAUCGUUUCGAGGCUGAAGAAGUUGAUACUGAUGAGUGGCAGGGAAAAGAUGCUUCCUUUAAAGGUAAUUCAGGGUCUGCAAUGGUAUUUGGGUUUA